AUGAAUCGAAGUAUCUCUUUCAAAGUUGUUUUACUUGGCGAGGGUAGUGUUGGCAAAACAUCAAUUGUUCUACGCUACACAGAUAAUUUAUUUAAUGAUAAACAUCUCGAAACACAACAAGCGUCUUUCAAAACUAAAAAAUUGAAUUUAGAUGGUCGCCGUGUCGAAUUAGCCAUUUGGGUAGGUAAAACAUUUGGAUUAUAUGAAGGUCAGGAUACUGCAGGCCAAGAGCGAUUUCGAGCACUAGGUCCAUUAUACUAUCGUGAAGCUAAUGGUGCCAUAUUAGUUUUUGAUAUUACUGAUGAAGAUUCAUUCAAUCAAGUAAAAAGUUGGAUUAAAGAAUUGAAACGAAUGUUAGGCGAUGAUGUUGCUUUAUGCAUUGUUGAAAAUAAAAUUGAUCUUGAAAAAGAUCGUCAUAUAUCCAGACAAGUAGCUGAAGAAUAUGCGAAAUCGGUCAAUGCUAAACUUUAUUGUACAUCAGCUAAAUUAAACAAAGGAAUUGAAGAACUCUUUAAUGAUUUAGCUCAUCGUUAG